AUGGGCAGUGAUCAUUACUGCUUGAGGUGGAACAAUCAUCAAUCCAACCUUCUCGGGGUGUUCAGCCAAUUGCUCCAGGACGAGAGUCUGGUGGACGUUACACUCGCUUGCUCAGAGGGCGCCUCCAUCCGAGCCCACAAGGUUGUACUCUCGGCUUGCUCCUCGUACUUCCAAACGCUGUUUCUUGACCAUCCGGCCCGGCACCCGAUCGUCAUACUGAAGGACGUCCGAUUUGCCGAGCUGCGCACGCUGAUUGAAUUCAUGUACAAGGGCGAGGUAAAUGUCGAAUACUGUCAGCUUUCGGCACUGCUAAAGACAGCAAAAUCGCUCAAGGUGAAAGGUUUGACAGAAAUGACAAAUCAGAGCAGUCCGCUGACGGAGCCGAAACUAGAACCCGAGCGACUCAGACCCCACAGCAGCCAUGGUGCCGGAGGUGGAGGCGGCGGCGGAGGAGGUAACAACGGUAGCAGUGGUGGAGGCGGUGCACUGGCCGCAUCGGAGGCCAUCCUUCCAACGAACCUCUCGACGACGUUCCCAACGGGGACGCUAGCGAGCAGCGGCAGCUCCUCGUACAUCACCACCUCCACCAUCUCCACGACCAGUGGCGGCGCCUCGACGACGACCGGUAGCAGUGUGAGCGCUAGCACUGCAGCGUCCGGCGCAGGCAGUGAGCCGGAUGGUGGAGAGAGACGGUGCACGGUAUCGCCAUCCCAUCAGCACCACCCUCAACAGUCGCAGCAGCUGGCAGAGUUGCAGCAGCAUCACCAACACCCGCAUCAUCAUCACUACCCGCACCACCACCAACAGCAACGUAUGAGUUCCUCCGGGUUUGCCAGUGCAGGUGCCACCUCAGUAAGCUCGCAUAGUAGCAGCAGCAGCAGCAGCAGUACUACCACUACUACUACCACCAGCACCACCACAGCCACCAGCAGCAGCAGCGGUGGUGUGACGGAUCUAUCGACAACGCUUGGUAAGCACCGAUUCCUAGAGGACGGCACGGACGGUACCACCUCCACGACGGGCGCGCGCGUUACCACGAGCCGCCCGAAGUUGUCGCCCACGUCCGAGGCGGUCGCGUCGAUCGCCUGCCCUACUACGCCACUCUCACUCACCCGGAAGCAUCGCGACACCGUCGGUGCGAUUAUCUCAGCCACCACAGCCUUAUCCUCAUCGGCGACCGUAUCUUCCACGGCGCUGCACAGUGGUACCAGCGGUGGCAAAGCGUCGAGUUCCUCCUCCUUCACGUCGGUGGCGGCACUAGCGGCGGGUACAACGACGUCACCGACCUCCACCACCGCCACCUCGUCGUCCGGAACCCUUAGCACUAGCACGGUCAUUCAAAGACCGACGUCCGGCGAUGGGGGAGGGGACGGUGCGGGCGGUAUUCUACCAUCGCAGCUGGCCGCAUCCGCCGUCAGCAGUGACGACACCAGCACGCCACUGCACGAUCACCACGAAGAUGACGAGGACGACGGACAUCAGGAGCAACACCCGCAACACGGCGAACAAGGCGGUCGGGACACACCUCCAACGGCCAGUGCCACCACCACCACAGCGGGGGUCGUAGACGAGGACGACGCCACGAUUACUGCAGCGGUGUCCACGCACCUGCCGGCAGCGAGCGGCGAGAAGGGCCCCAACCAAAGUGCCCAUCACCACCAGUCGGGUGGGACGGCGACGCGGAUAGGUUCGCCACCGUCGGGCAGCGGGGGCGAUACGGACGUGUGCAACGAGCGACGACAGUACGAAGGCGACGAACCCGACGAAACCCCGGUGACGGCGGCAUGCUCCUCCUCUACCUCGAUCGCAGCCCCGGAACAGCCGGUCCCGCCCAGCAGUAGCGGUACGCCCGGCGUGGUAACGGCGGCAAAGCACGAGAGUAGCUUCACAACCGUUGCCUCACUGAUUGCGGACAGUAGCGCUAGUGGUGGAGUCGCCGGGAGUCCGGCGCGGCGGCGAAGUCUGUCGCACAGCCCGGUCGGCAGUGAUCCAGAGGAGGUGAGACGUCCGGUAAGCACCACCAGCAGCAGCGCACUACUACCGAUGGCAACCGAUCUCCGCACGGACGACCAUCAUCACCAUUCGCUGCUGCUGCGGGACGUCGCAAUGGCACCGGACUACGAUGAUGACGAUGAGGAUGAGGAGAGUGACGAUGUGGAUGAUGGUGCGGCAGAGAUGUUGUUGGCGGCUGCCGCAGUUGCACAUCAUGUUCGUGAGGCUCGUGAAGAAGGAGCGGACAUUGUGGGUAGUGUGGAGAGUGCUGGUCGACGUCGACGCGCCUUGACCGGGAAUGAGGAGGAUGAUGCCGAGGACCACCACCGGAUGGCAUCCGCGAGAACUGAUGCGAACGAUGACGUCGUCCCGGAGGAUGCCGAGGAUGACGAGGACGACGACGAUGAUGAUGACGACGAGGACGACGAUGGUGGUGGUCCGCACGAUUUGCACAUUGGCAGCACGGGCAGUACUGGCAGCACUGGCAGCGGCGUUGGCGGUGGCAGUCUUCUCAGCCACAGUCGCCACCAUCAGCAUCUGUUGCAUCUCUCCUCGCAUCCACACCAUCAGCAACAUCCGCUGCUGCAGCAGCAUCAGCAGCAGCUCGUCGCGGCGGAACUGCUCCGGUCGGCCGAACAGCAGCACCAGGCACGCCAGCGGCAGCAACGCCGGCGUCGCUCGUCGGAAGAUGGUGGCACACCGCGGCAAACCAACAACAGCGGCGUGACGAACAACAACAACAGCAGCAACUUCAACAACAACUCGGACGACGAAUAUCAACCGCCGAUGAAAAUCAAGAAUGAAGUUGACUUUUCGGCGUUCUCCGGUCUGAACAUGACGAUCAAUGCGGCGAGCGCCAACGUGAACCUCUCCGCAGCACUCAACUCAUCGUCCGCGGCCGGUCCGGGCCCAUUACUGCUCGCCACCGAUCUGCGGCCUGCAUCGCGCGGCGGUAUCGCCGUGUCCGGUGCGGAAUCGCUAAUCGUCAGCAAUGCCUCCACCGCGUCCACAACCGCACCGAGCGGGAGUAAGAAUGGUGAGCAGCAGCGCGAACGCGGUUCGCCACCGCAUCAUCUGCAGCACCACCACCAACGGACGGCCUCGGCCGCUGCGACGGCGGCCGCAUUGGCUGUGUUUAAGGCGAGCGGGCUCUCCAGUCCGCUGCCCGAACCGAUCGCAGGACCAUCCGGCAUCAUGGGACCGGUCCAGCAAGUGCCUCUGUCGCUAAAGAAGGAGAUCGACUGGGGCGAUGACAAGUCGUCGGGCGAAAGUUCACUUGACUUCCGCCAUGCGCAUGACUCGGAAGCGUCGGAGGGGCUGCAUGGAAGCGUUGGUGGUAUUGGUGGUGGCGGCGGUGCAGGCGGCGUGAGCGCCGGUAGUGGUGCAAAUAGCGGCAUCGGUGGAAUCCUGGGACUCUGUACCACCACUCACGGGAGCGGUGGUGAUGGUGGUCUCAGUGGCCGUCGUACGGCCAGCAGUGGUAGUGGUGGUGGUGGCGGUAACGGUGGUAGUGGUGGCAGCAGUGGGAAGGAAAGUGCUGGAGCAACCGUUACGGCGGGCGGUGGCGGUAGUGGGAGUGUGUCCGGUGGUGCGGUCGGUGGUGGAAGCGCGGGUGCCGGUGGUGGUCCGCCCGGGUUGCUGGCGGCGGCGGUGGACCAUCCGCAUCAGCAUGCGCACCACCAUCACCAUCACCAUCAUCACCAGCAGCAGCCGGGUGGUGGUGGUGGGGCGUCGACGGCCGCCGGUCUACCGGUGCACACCUGCAUGUACUGCGGCGUGACGUUUCACAACCAGAACAAGCUGACCCGCCACAUCCUGUCGCACUCGCUCGAGUCGCUCAAGUUCCGCGAGGCGACACACCUGAUCCAUCCGCACCUGGCGCUGCGGCACGAGCUGACGCAGGUCGCGCUGGCUGCCCAGCAGGCCCAGUCACCUUCGCCGUCGCAGCUACCGUCGCCGCACUACGGCCACCACCGUGGCAGCGGUGGUCCGCCCACGCUCGAGCAGAUGCUCGACCCGGCGGAAGCGAUGGCGGAGCUGGAGCUGGCGGCGGUGUUGGCCUCCCAGCCGGUCGGCGGGCUCGGGCUCGGACCGGUGGUUGGCGGUGGCAAUUCGCUCACCGGCGGUGUCGGCACCGACCAGGGCAACAAUGUGGUGCUGUGCAAGUUUUGUGGCAAGAGUUUCCCGGACGUGACGUCGCUCAUCACGCAUCUGCCGGUACACACGGGUGACCGGCCGUUCAAAUGCGAGUACUGCGGCAAAGCGUUCAAGCUACGGCAUCACAUGAAGGACCACUGUCGAGUCCACACAGGCGAGCGCCCAUUUCGGUGUGCAAUGUGCGGGAAAACGUUCUCGCGCUCGACAAUACUGAAGGCGCACGAAAAGACGCACUAUCCAAAGUACGCGCGAAAGUUCCUGACGUCCCCGCCGCCCAUCGACGGGAAAGACGAUUCUCCCCAAUAG